AAUAAAUUGGAAAAUGUGGAUGUGAGAUUUGCCGAUUUCGAUGGUGUUAUCUAUCACGUAUCAAAUCCAGAUGGUGAUCGUUCCAAAAUCAUGCUCAGCAUAUCGCUGAAAUUCUAUAAGGAAUUGCAAGAACAUGGUGCGGACGAGUUAUUACGCCGUGAAUAUGGGAAUUAUUUGUGUGCUUCGCCAGAACCAGGUUAUAAUGUGUCGCUGGUGUAUAACUUAGCCGAAUUGCCUGAUGAUUUCUCGACAAUUGUCCAGCAGGCUUCUCAUCUGAAGCGGAAUUGCUUCGCGUCUGUUUUUGAGAAAUAUUUCAAUUUUCAAGCGCAGGGUCAGACAGGAGCGAAACGAGCCAUAAUUCAUUAUCGCGAGGAUGAAACUUUGUAUGUAGAAACCAAGUCAGAUCGUGUAACAGUCAUAUUCAGUACCAUUUUCCGUGAUCCCGACGAUGUGGUUAUUGGAAAAUUAUUUUUGCAGGUGUAA